AUGGAUGGUGACACCGGCGAGAAGGUCUCUCCUCAGGGCAGAGAGAACGGCAUGUACGGGCUCUCUACGAUCCCAACUCAUGUCACUCUCACGGCAGAGCAGUUUGAGAAGAUCUACCUCACGCCCAUGACACGCCGUCAGCCUGCCUUGGCGAAGCAGGGCGCUAGGAGGUUUCGUCAUCACCACCACCCCCUUUCAUGCUGCUUGAUGGCCUGGAGAGGAGCGAGUGGUAACGGAGUGGCUUUCAUUGGUCCCAUCGUGUUCCUCGGAGGCUUGCUGCUGCUCAUUACGAGUAUUCUCGAGUUCGUUCUCGGGAACACUUUCCCCUGCGUCGUAUUCGGCACCAUCGGUGGCUUCUGGUUUGCCUUCGCUGCAACGAUGAUACCUUCUUUUAAUGCAGCUGCACCGUAUUCUUCAUCAACCACUAGUACAUCCGCCGGGCUGGCCAGUGCAGGGUUCAUGAACACGUAUGCUUUCUUCUUCAUAACAAUGGGCGUCCUCAUGCUCGUUUUCAUGAUAUGCGCGACACGUACGAAUCUAGUCUAUACGCUCAUCUUCCUAUCGCUGCUCCUCGUGUUCCUCCUUCUGUCUGCGGCUUACUGGACGCUCGCUGAGGGAGAAUCGACGAUUGGUAAUAGAUGCGUGGUUGGAGCUGGAGCAUCGCUUUUCGUUGCGAGUCUCUUAGGAUUUUACCUCCUCAUUGCUCAGCUUUUCGAGGCUUUGGGCUUCCCGUUCAGCCUGCCUGUUGGCGAUAUGAGCAUUCUGUGGGAUCGUCGCAAGACCAAGGGAAACCUGGCCAACGAAGAAGUCCCAGAGACUUAA